CAUCAUGUCCUUCAACUGCUCUACAAGAAAUUGCUCUUCCAGGCCAAUCGGAGGACUCUGUGCUAACCCGGUGGCCCCAGUCGCCACUGCUUCAGCCCGUGAUGUUGACUGCCUGAGUGGCAUCUAUUUGCCCAGUUCUUUCCAAACUGGCUCUUGGCUCCUGGACCACUGUCAGGAGUCCAACUGUGAGCCCACAGUUUGCCAGCCAACGUGUUACCAGAGAACUUCUUGCAUCUCCAGUCCUGUCCAGGUAACUUGCUCUAGACAAACCACCUGUGUCUCCAAUUCCUGCUCAACUCCCUGCAGCCGGCCACUCACCUUUGUGUCCAGUGGCUGUCAGCCUCUGGGAGGCAUUUCCAGCGUCUGCCAACCAGUGGGCGGCAUCUCUUCUUCCUGCCAACCAGUGGGAGGAGUCUCCACUAUCUGCCAACCAUCCUGUGGGGUCUCCAGGACGUACCAGCAGUCCUGUGUGUCCAGCUGCCGAAGAACUUGCUGAGUGUGUUCG